AUGACUGAACUUCAGGUGGUAGCUCUGUCGGGCAAUAUUGAACGACUCUAUGCUACCCUUUCCCAAUUGCGCGAAAGUUCCAUUGACGACGAAACGUUCGAAGCGAAAACCGUUCCUGUUCUUUACAAGGCAAUAGAAGAUAACUCAUUGGAAGUUGUCGAAUGUCUUCUCGACAAUCAAGUUCCCAUGAAUCCUUGGCUUUUUAUGAAAGCGACUGAAAACACGUCAUACCAAAUUUUGCAGGCAUUUCUUAACCACGGGUGGGACAUCAACGCGCCAAUUGACUCAAACACACCCCCAGCCCUGGCAUGUUCUUUCCGCGACACAAGUUUGACCAAAUGGUUCUUGGACCAUGGAGCAGACCCCAAUCAGCGAUGUGAUAGAUACAAAAAUUGUACUCCACUAUCCAUCGCAUUCAGAGAGGCCAACUUCACAACUAUCCGACUUCUUCUCAACCACGGUGCCUCUUUACAGCAAGGUCAGGUGCUGCAUUAUGCGGCGAUGCGCGAGCUGGAUGAUCGGCUAGAAGUUCUGAGGUACCUUCUAGAAAAGGGUCUUCCGGUCAACGACAUUAUGUAUCAGAAUUGUGGUGAAGAGUAUUAUUUCCAUAUGUACAGCGGUAUAGGCACACCCCUUCAUUAUGCGGCUGGGAGAGGAUUGCUUGAUUCCGUCAAGCUCUUGGUCGAGGGAGGGGCAUCGCCUCAAAUCAGAGACCCUAUGGGCAAAACUGCUGCUGAUUGGGCUGAAAUGAACAGUCAAAAGGCCGUGGCUGAGUUUCUUCGUCCACUGUGUACCGGCAAUCACCUGCAACUCACCCCACAGUUCACGGAUGUACCUAGACGCCAUUUCACCACUAUACCAAUGAAGGAUUUCAUCAUGCAAAGCCGCUUUCGAUUAGUUUAG